AUGGGGACCAUGAAUUUCAGCAAGACACUGCUCCAGGUCAUGUGUCAAUGUAUAAUGAAGUGGCCAGCAUGCUACCCUCCUAACUUUUAUCCAAUUAAAGAUGCUUGCGACGUUUGCACAAGCCUGGUAGCCAUCAUUCAAUUGAUCGUUCUAUUCUGUAUCGUCAUCACGUCAUCAGCAUCUUCAGUUUUUCUCGUUGACGAGAUACGACAGAACGCGGUUUCUUUUAAGAAAGAUGAACAUUUGUCCAAUGAGACAACUAAAUUAUUGAAAUCAUUCCACGUGAGAUUGAGUAGGUGGGUGGGCUGCAUACUUUAUUUUUCACAGAAAUACAGUGCAAUACAGGCAGGCACACAAAUACAUAGAAUUCAUCAUGCAUGA